AUGGAGCCUCAAAAUCCGCAACUCUUUGGAUCUUUCCUUGGAUCCACGGCUGCCACCAGUGCAUCCGCUCCGUCAACCACUACCACUGCCAGCAGCGCCGCGACUGGUAAUGACAGCGCAAAUCCUUUCCAGGCAUUCUCGAAUCAGUCUAUGGAGCACACAAAUCCUUUCAAGGAUACCACGAGCGACUUCAUGAGCAAGUUCAAGGAGGACAUGAGCAAGUUGAAGGACAAGUUCAACGAGGACAUGAGCAAGUUCAAGGAGGACAUGAACCUCUUCAAGGAGAACGCGAAUUUUUUGAAGAAUGAUAGCACUGGUGCUCGCGAUUCUCAGCCAACCCAAAAGGCGAUCGGAAUGUGGGAGAACUCGAUGCUCGAACUACGCUACCAAUCCUUCCCGUGUAGAGGCUGGCCGCACUCGGAGGCUCAACGAAUCUACCUUGCCACCUUGGGAUUUCGUAGGUGUGCCGACGGUGUGGAAUGCUCUGGCUGCUCUGCAAUCCUGCAAUGUAACAAGCUCGAUGAGGUUCUUGACUCGGAGAACACUCCAUGGAAGGAAUUCCAUGGGCCGGACUGUCAGUUUCUCAGCGGAAAGACGAUCUGUGGUAUCUGUAAGGAGUUGAAUGGAGUUUCAGCAAGCCUGGCGCGCAGGCAUGUCUUCUCCGCCCACCUUGAGCCUCGUCUUGUAGGAAACAGCCACGAACUUUCGCAACUCUCGAGCAAGCCACUCUCUCAAGUCUCCCCGGCACCGGCACCGGCACCGGCUCGCCCACAGCACACUCCACAACUCAUAAACAUUUUGGCGGCCCCCCUUCCUCCAAUGUCACAACAGCCUUUUGGACAGAGCGCAGUCUCUUCGCCACAGAAGAACCUCUCCCUGUCAAAAGUCGUCACCGUUGUUUCGAUCGAGCCGUCGAGUCACGUCCUCGCAGUGGCUUCUUUUGACGCUGCCGACAAGACCUUGGCUAUCACCGAAAUGACGGAUUUCUCACACGUCACGCCCAUCCUCACUGCGCUCGAGGUCUUUACGCGAAUGACCCGCAUGGAGACUCAGCCAACUGAUACCACCACGGCGAAAGACGAGUCUCUCCCUCUGCCAAAGAAGAACUCGCGCAUUGUCACUAUGAUGACCCGAUCAGAGUUUGACACACUUCGAAUGUGGGCUGCUGCUGUUCAAGGAGGUGGCGAAGUAAUCGAACGAUUCUUCCCUCGCUUCCCUGAUCCCGAAGUUCUUCACAGAAACUCCGGUACGAGAUUGGGUUGGAUAUCCAAUAGUCCACUCCUCCCGAAAGUAAUCCUACGGGAAGCAUCGCCCCAUCGCGACAACACGAAGACUCCUGCUGUCUCGCCCGCCGUUGCCCACUGCGUUUGUCGCGAUAUUACCGCUCCGCCGUUGAUGCGCAGACUCAUUCUCAAAUCCGAUCAUAUGGCGAGUGGUGAGGAGAAAGAGGUCGCCUCGCUCGGGCCCCGUGCGGCGCCAGCCUGGUGCGCCUCCUGCGUGUCGCGCCUCGCUGCCGCGUGGGAUGGCAAUAGGAACAAGGCACCCACUGCCGGUUUCCGAUGUGAGGAGACUGAGGGUGCGUAUUGCCUUUAUCUAUUCCACUACCACAUUCUAACUAUGUUCGGAGGCUCUGGAAUACGCUGCGUGGCCUGUGCGGCCGGCAACCGUUCGUGUGUCCGUCUCCCUCUCUCGGUCAUCCCGGAUCUGGAGACCGCCAUUGCUGCCGCCGACGCUGUCUAUGCCAUUGAGACCAAGGCCAAACAGGUCAUCGGGGAGGAGCACAGCAGGCUUACUCUCGUACUUGAUCGGGCCAUUAGAGCUGCGCAGUCCUCGCUGCGAGAGGCGCGCAAGAAGGGCGAGGCGCCCGCUCCGCGUCCUGCGCAGUCUUUGGCCGCCAAGAUCGCCCCCAGGACAGUGGAGCCUCGAGAGUGCAGCGAACCUCAGCAUCUUGUCCCUGCUCAAAGCACAGUAACGCCUUUGGGGGAACGGUCUAUUCAAAACAGCGAGGUCAAACUUUCCUUUGAGCAGCGUUAUCACAGCUUUGGCCAGUCGCCGGCAUCCCAGACGAGGAGGCUAUUCCUUGCUCUCAGGGGCUACCACCGCAAUGCCCAGGCCGUCAUUGCCUGCGUGAAAUGUUGUAAGGUUGUCCCAGGCCAAGAGGACUCUCCCUUUGGUCGAGCCCUGCAUGUCAGCGGACUGCAUGAGUAUGGUUGCCAAUUUGCGCAAGCUCUGUCUUGCAAACCAUGUGGUAUCCAGAUGGAAUCCACUGACAUAUGGAAAAACCAUGUCGUCCAAGCACAUGUCGGCCCUCUGCUCAAACUUAGUGGCAACAACCACGAGUACGAGCAGCUGAUUGUUCGUGGCAGAAACAUCUAUUUCAUUGACGCGCAGCCGCAGUCCGAACUCGCCCAGACACAAGCAAUGCUUGUGGCUUCGAUUGAACCUUCCGACCACGUCCUCGUCACGGCUUCCUACAGCUCCAGCAGCAAGUUGCUCAACGUCAGAUGCGUCGACGAUCCGGAUACAAUGGGAGAGCUGCCUGUCCUCACAGGUCUGCAGAUGUUUACGCGAGUGACUUCUCCAGAGAGCACUGCAACUUCGCAGCCGCAAUCCGGCGGUAGCAGUCAAUUUCCGGCGAUUGCCCGAGAGUCACAGAACAACAGGACGGUGGAGGCAUUGAUGACCCGGGCUGAGUACAGUGCUCUCCGAACCUGGGUUGAUGCUUUCAAGGGCGUUUGGACUUGA